AUAGGUUAUUGUGUAUUGCGUUAUGGCAGCUACACUGACAGCAGCAUGAGAAGUGUGCGCAGAGUUUACUAUUGACCCUCUCUGUUUGAGAUACCAUGAACCAUUUCUUCAGUCCUAAGUAGACAGUUCUACUUAGCUCGGCUAAAGCUAGCAUAGCUCUGCUCUGUUUUAUUGUAGGUUGUUCACACGCCGGCUUUUACACACAAGUGCCUGAAGAAAUGCAGAGAGUAAGGUGUUGGAAGACCGGCUGGCAACUGCUGAAAUCAGCCUAUGAGGGAGCAGCAAUACCUUCGACUUCAAGAAAGUAUAGCCAUCUCCCUCCUCAGGGUGCCGGCUCUUUUGGGCUCCUCUUUGACAUUGAUGGGGUGCUGGUGCGGGGCAGGACCCCCAUCCCUGCAGCCAAGCAGUGCUUCAAGAACCUGGUGGACCGCAAUGGGAAAUACAAGGUGCCUGUUGUGUUUGUCACCAAUGCUGGGAACUCCAUGAGGCAGGCUAAAGCUGAACACCUGUCACAUCUGCUAGAGGUGGAGGUGACUCCAGACCAGGUGAUGCUGUCCCACAGUCCUUUGCGAAUGUUCAGCCAGUUCCACAAAAUGCGUGUGCUGGUGUCGGGACAGGGUCCCAUAGAGGAGGUUGCUCACAACCUGGGCUUUCAGGAUGUUGUUACCAUAGAUAUGCUCAGGGAUGCAUAUCCCCUUCUAGAUGUCGUAGAUCAUAAGAGAAGGCCCAAGGACAGUAUUCCCCCAACGAAAGGCUUACGGCCAAUAGACGCUGUCAUUUUAUUUGGUGAGCCAAUCAGAUGGGAGACCAACCUCCAGCUUAUUGUGGACGUCCUUCUGUCAAACGGGAACCCAGACAAUGUUUGGUGCUCGAAGCAGUACCCCCACAUCCCGGUCCUAGCCUGUAACAUGGACCUGAUGUGGAUGGCUGAGGCGAAGAGUCCCAGGUUUGGUCACGGUAUGUUCCUGGUGUGCUUAGAGAGCAUGUACAAGAAGGUCACAGGCUUUGAUCUGAAGUACGAGGCUCUGAUCGGUAAACCCAGCAUGGUGACUUAUAACUAUGCCGAGCUGCUGAUCAGAGAGCAGGCGAAGAGACUCGGCUGGACCACACCUGUGAAGCAGCUGUAUGCUAUAGGUGAUAACCUCAUGUCUGACAUAUACGGCGCCAACCUCUACAACCACUACCUUCAGGCUUCCCAGCGCACCAAGGCCCAGAUGCAGGCCAAGAGUGGGGGAGGAGGCUCAGAAACUGUUGAAGACUCCCUGAAAAUGACCUCAGCAGAACUGGGCGGAGCGUCAGGUGUGUACGGGACAAAGGGGGACCUCCCCGAGGGCUGCAGCUCCAUCCUGGUGUGCACAGGCGUGUACAGCAGAGACGAGCAGGAGCUGCCUUCAGACCCAGCGCACUCUGUGAAAGAGCAGCCCAUCUUCCACGGCCACAGGGACUUCCGCUUCGACCCCAGCCUCACGGAGCCGACCUUCUUGGUGGAGGAUGUGAAGGAUGCGGUGGAGCUGGUGUUUCAGCAGGAAGGCUGGCCUCUGGAGUAGGAUGAGCAGAUUCAUCAAUCACAGCCGUCCAGUAAACAACUCUAACGAUCCUUCACUGGCCGCAGCAGUAUCUCUGAGAGUUGUUUUGUUACUAACCUACCUCCCUAAUUUUGACAGGGAGUUUUAAGCUUUUUCAGUGGCUUGUUUUUACAGAUUAAAGUGCCGUAGAACCAAA